AGAGGAGGGAGGAGAAAGGAGGACGAGAGGAGCAGAAGGAGGAGGAGGAGGAGGAGGCGGCGGAGGAGAAGCAGGAGGAGGAGGAGUGGAAGAGGGAGGGACCGAGGGGCCGACUUGCCAAGACGAGGCCUCCGUGGCCCUGGCUCCCAUUGCUCGUGGCUGACGGCUGCAGCUUUUGGAGCCACGUGGGCUCCAUGCAGCUCGGCGUCGACCUUCUGGCUGGCGGUCGCGACGUCUCGGGGAACUUGGGAGUGGUACUAAUGGCGGGUCAGUUUCAAGGCAUCCCUCGCGCUGGCACCGCUGGUGAGCCACGAGCGCAUGGCUUUGGUUGCAGAAUGGCAGCGGCAGGUGCGCGGGCCGCGGACGCCUCGCGCCGGCUCGCUGGCACCGGCGACGGCU